AACAAUGCGCUGCACCUGUACGAGAGAUCAUCUGCCAACUCCUCGUCUGGUGUGGUAGAGGAUGUCAAGAUUCUCAAAGCGCUGGAAUGGACCAGCGGGAACACCUUCACUCAAGGAUUUCUCGCGAAGCAAGGGACCGCGGUUGCGAUGGGCUGCCUGCCGGUCAGUGCAGCAACAGCCGCGGGCGACCUUGAAGCGGAAGCCACCGCGAAGUUCUCCGCGGACAGCCUGCUCGUGGCAGGUGGAGGCGCACAGACGGCCAUCGUUGUUAGCCUUCCCAGCAACUCGUCCUCUUUAACCACGAGCAGCAAUAUUGACAAGCCUCUGCGUAUCCUCUCUGGCACGCGCGCGCGUCUAGCUGUUGCCGACGCAAGCUCUGCCACUGGCGGCAGCAGUCUUUUCCCUGACGCAGAGAAAAACCUGACUGCUGCUCUUUUUGCGGCCUACCCGAACGACGAGGAGUAUCGAGUGUAUCCGUCGAAGGUUUUCCUGGGUUACAGCAGCGGCGCGGCAGUGGCUGGCUACGUGGUCGAAAGCCUAUCAGCGAAAACCGCAACAACCGCAAGCUUCCACUACUCUUUCGUGCUUACCGAGGUGCUCGGUCGCGACGCCCUUCUCGGCGACUUUCUUGCCGACGCAAAACUUCUCAAAAUCCAGCCGCUAAGCUCAACAAGCAUAGCCGCAGUGUAUGAUGUCUCCAUGCCUUAUCGGAUCCUCGCGAAUGUGCAGCUCAAAUCAAGUACUGACUCAAUUGAAAGCAGCAUCAUGAUGAGUUUCUUCAACACCACCUCGUUCUACGUGGCCGUUGAAGGAAAUAUGUAGCAUACUUGUCGACCCCGUCCUCCUGUUCUGCAAGAAAUUGACUCAUCAAAAUCAAUAGUUUCCGCUCCGAAUCAGUAUCUACCUUUGGAAUAGAAUAAAUGUAUAAAUGGACACAACAGGCGCCAGCAGCUCAGUCGCGAAUCUGGCCACAAGUACCGUCACUUGGUUGAAAGAUGUCAACGAAGCAGCCCUUCAGAGGGGGCUGGUAAGGCGACAGGGCGACGCCUUACGAUUUUUGAGAACGGACUUCCUCCUCCGACGUUUUCAAGGCGUUCAAUAUGAAUUCACUUCGAUUCAUUGAGAACUGAAAAAAUGUCAACGGUCCAAGUAGGGCGAUGCUGCAGAAGAUUAAGGUACCAGCUUCAGCAUAUUCUACUUACGCGUGUGCCACCUGAUGGAGACUUUGAGUUAUCCCAGACGAAUAUUUACAAUUGUUGUCGGUUCUGGUGGUUGAUAGAGGUGGGUAAGACGACCGCUCCACUUCUUAACAUUAAUUUCUUGUAAAGUCUUGACUUUUUGUGAAAUAUAUGUUGUAACUGAUUUUCUUGUAGCUGUUUUCGAAGAACAUGUACAAGCUGCACAACUGCAUCAAAAAUCUGGCUCUUCUUCUCUUGCGCAAUUUCACAUUCACAGUGUCUUCAUAUUAAACAUCAUCAAAUCAUCUAAAGUUACCAUUUUCUUUUCCGUAGUAAGUACGAGCUUACUUCUCGCUUUUUUACAGUUAUUGUGAUCACGCUUGCGUCGCCAUUGCCUUGUUUGUCCAUGAACGGUGCUGAAUCAAUGUGACAGUUACGUUUACUAGAAGAAUGUGUUGACGCGCCCCGCCCGGAAUCUGAUUAUGUGAACAAAAUGGAAGUGCCUAUUUAUUUGGAUCGAUGAUGCAUGAUGAAUCUAUCAUAUUAAUAUUUAUGUGUGUGUGUGUUUCGAUGUAGAAGUAGCGUAGUGAGGAU